AGUCACUUAACAAAUGUCUCACUUGACAACAGAAAAUUUGGGCUCCAUUGUAGUCGUAAGUCAAGGACUACCUGUACUGGACUAAGAGUGGAGAGACCCAGGGAGCCAGUGGGGGCGACUUGGAUUUAGUCAUUCUCUCUCUCUCUCUCUGCUCCAACCUGGGAAUUCAGAAAACAUCCAUGCCCCCAACCCACACAAGGCAGCCUGGCAGAUUGUGGUCCUUGAUGUUCACAGAAGAGGUUCUUCAUCCGGCAGUGAAUUGAUUCGGGCUGAUGAUAAUAAUAUGUUUCAAAGCAUUAAAAUUAUAUCCUUUUCUUCUGGGCAAGGCAGGAACAAUAACCCAGCUGUAUUAUUAGCAAUGCUGGAAAUGAACACUGAAGAUAAAGCAUAAUGGAAAGCCAGACCCAGCUCCCAUUCACGGCAUUAAAGAAAGAAAAUUCAAUUUGCAUGAAAGACGGCUCCCACAAGCAGCCAAUUCACAUUUGCAAAGAAGACAGAUCUUCAGGGAAAAUACGGGUCUGCUGCUGUUACUUCAGCUUGGCCAACAUGGGAGGAUUGGAGAUAAGAGAAUGGGAUGCAGAUUGUCUCAACACUACAAAUCCACCUUCAGGAUGCCAAAGGGAUGAGUUUGAGGCGAACAUUUGUGAUUUUCUACUCAACUGCUCCACUUCCACCUGUGCAAAGCUGAAUCCCACGGAAGGUCUAAUUUCACUGGAGGAACUCAACUGUUCUGUAACUCUUAACUGGCAAGAUGUAAUCAACUGCUGUCAUGAAGCUUCCAGAGACCCCUUUGUAAUGACCUCUAAAAGCAGCUGGACAAAUGCAUGCCCAGUCAUGGCAAAGUUGUCUCCCGGGCAGGAAUAUAAUGUGAUAUUGUAUAGAAUCCUGAAUGGAAGUUGUAGUCAAGAAGCAUCCAUCAACGUGACUACUAGGCCUUCGUCAGUUCGGAACCUUACAAUAGAAAAUCGCACAGUAGAUUCCCUGCAGAUUGGAUGGAAGCCACCCAGAGACCCUCAAAGCUACACCUACACCUAUUGUGUCUGCUUGAUUGACUGUGCCAUUGUCAAUGAAAGCCCAUUUCUUGCAAAAGGAUUGAAAGGAGGAACAAUGUACACAAUUGAAGUCAGGGCUGUCACGAAGAGCAACGUUUAUGGUGACACAAUGACCAUAAGUGUCAUCACAGCUCCCAACAGCCCUGAGAAGAUCACUGUGGAAAGUUACAGUCCUUAUUACCUUUCCAUUGCCUGGAAUCCUCCCAAAGACCCGAAUGCAACGGAUUAUUUGUACAGAAUCAGUUGGUGGAGAGAAGACGGGACACAAGUGGGCAACUACUCCAUUCUGGGUUUCAAUUACACCAUUUGCAGUUUGAAGCCAGGACUUGUGUACCUGGUGAGGGUGAUCUCAGAAUUCAGUGAGAUUUUGAGCGAAGCCACAAAGCUGUGGACUCUAACGUCCCCAUUGUCCCCGACCCAUUUCCACAUCCAGAUGAUCAAUCAAACCACCGUUCAUUUUGCCUGGGUGAACCCAAACUCGCCAUUCAGUGCCAUCCGACUCCAGUGGAGCCCUUCAGAUGGAUCCAGAGGAAACGAAACAUACCCCAAGCCUUUGAACCAAGCUGUCCUGCAUGGUCUCACUCCCAGCACCAAUUAUACCUUCACUCUCUUCAGCACAGCUGGAAAUGGUUCCCUGUCCAGAGACAGCAUUGGCCUACAGCAGCACGAGGCCACAAAGCCAGAACAAGUAAGUGAUUUGAUAUGCCUCCCUUUGCAAGAUAGCUGGAGUCUGAAAUUAUCCUGGACAUGUCCAGCGAGCCCUGUUAGUAAAAUUGUGGUCCUCGUGUCAGAUAAAGCCUGGAAAAAUGAGCCAAAUUGCAGCGAAUCAGUGGUGAUUCAAGAACUUCAGCCUGCCAAAGUCUACCAAAUUAAAAUAAAAACUUUUUGGUACAACCAAUAUGCAGUCUCAGACACUGUGGAGUGCUCCAUCAAUACUACAGUGGCUCUGCUUGGAUCCCUUUUUGCGGUGCUGCUUCUGUUCAUCAUCCUUUGCUUCCUGUUCUUUUAUUUCAGGAGACCAAGAAGGGCAGAUGCCUCGGAGGAGCAGAAUCCAGACGUGGGAUUGUCUGGAGUCCUUGGUGCAGUACCUGUGUCGGCUUUCCCACGCCAUUGCUACGAGAAGCUGUCAGACAGCGCCUUCGGCUUUGCUGUUGAAUACCAGCAACUGCAGGACACGGGGACAGAUCAGCUCCAGAGUGUCGCCCAGCAGCAUGAAAAUCAAGCUAAGAAUCGCUAUAGCAACGUUCUGCCAUAUGACCAUGCACGAGUCCAGCUCACUCUCAAGCCAGAAGACCCCUCUUCAGACUACAUCAAUGCCAGCUACAUGCCUGGCUUCAAGAAGGAGAAGGAGUUCAUCGCAGCUCAGGGACCAUUGCCUGCCACACUCCAUGACUUCUGGCGCAUGAUAUGGGAGCAGCGCGUCACAACCAUAGUCAUGCUCACAAAUUGCAUUGAGAACGGAAGGGUGAAAUGUGAACACUACUGGCCCUUGGACUACACCCCCUGCACCUAUGAUGAUAUUACUGUAUCUGUUAUCACAGAAACCAUUCUCCCUGAUUGGUCUGUCCGUGACUUCUGUAUCAAGCAGCAGGUGAGCAUGUCUGAAGUUCGCCAUGCUAAGCAUUAUCACUACACAUCAUGGCCAGAUCAUGGAGUGCCCCAAACCACAGAUACCAUUCUUCGUUUCCGAGAUCUUGUCAGGGAGGACUUAGACAAAAUGAAGGAUAAUGGGCCAGUUCUGGUUCAUUGCAGUGCUGGGGUGGGCCGGACAGGCACAUUUAUUUCUCUAGAUUCACUCCUGUGUGAAGCCCAGAACCAAGGAGAGAUUGGUGUCUUUUCAUUUGUUGAGAAACUGAGAAGGAAUCGUCCACUCAUGAUCCAGAAUGAGGAUCAGUAUGUCUUUCUGCACCAGUGUCUCCUGGAUGGGAUCCAGUCUGCUUCAACAAAUGCCGGGAUGAUCCAGGAACAUCCUGCUGUCUAUGAAAACAUCUUGGCUAUGCAAGACUAUGAGGUCUCCCGGGUGUGAGAAGCUUGCCUUUAUCCAGGCAAGAAGAUGCCUACCUUCUAUAGAUUGCAAAAACAUUGCCCUUCCGCCCAAAAAGAUUGAGGCAUUCCCUCCUCUCCGAAUUUAACUUCCAUGUUUUAAAUGGAGUAAAUUUGCAAAAGCAAACUUCCGAGACUGUAUAGGCAGUUUUUUUCUCUGAAAUAAUUAAUUAUCAAAAUAAAAAGAUUCCCAGUGAUUCAGAGCCUCCCUUUUAGCCUCAAAUAAUAGUUCCGUCAAUUAAUUAAGUAAACAUGACCGCCUUUAAAAAAAAUUGUUGGCAUACAAGAUGACUAAGACAAAGCCACGAUACAAAACUGAAUCAAACACACUAAGUAACCUUUGAAUCACGGAGAACUGAAAUAUGAAUGUCUUACUUUAUCAUAUUGUGCACAGUAAACAUUUUUUCCCUGUU